AAUGAUAAAGUGAGGAAGCGAGAGAAUAUCUUAGAGAUAGCCCACUUCCGGUUUCUAUUAUAAAGGGGCUUAUAAAGGAGAAGUUCCCUAAAUCAUUUCUAAUCAACAAAAAAUAAUAACAUUCUUGCUGCAUGAAACAAUGGCAACUGAGGCUGAUAUAUCAGAAGGUCCAGAACCCAUACUUGUAGCGAAAAUGAAAGAGGAAACGAAUGAGUUGAACUGCAGCCACUUGGACACAAUGGUCUCUAAAGCUUCUUCCCUGGGAGAACUGCGGAAAGUUGGGAACGAAUAUUGCUUACUUACUUCUGAAACUGUUGAAAAAUCCAUGAACACAGAGGAUAAAGAUGAAGUAUCUCAGAAUUUCAAUGACAACAUCAAUAAUCACAUUCUUGAAGAAAAAGUUGAAAGCACGGAGGGUGAAACUUUUUUCAAAUCAACCGCAAUAGCAAAUGGCGCCUCACAUCAAAAUAUACAAGGGUCAGAAAUUUGUGAAAAUAGAGAAAAAUUGGCUUUGGUACAAAAAGAGGAUGUAGUGGCCAACAAGGAUGUAAAAGAGACACAUGAUAUAACAUCAAUGAAUAACAUUGUUGCGUUCGAUAAACAUGGUACAUCCAUGACCUUAGAGAAUGCAAAAUUCGAAGAAGAGGAGAAGAUCGCACAUUCAUCCAAAUUACCAUCAGAAGUUAAUACUACAGAUAUAUGCACUGCAGAAAAUUAUAUGUCUAUACCUAAUAUUACAUCCACUUCCCUAGACCAGAGUGUACAAGAAGAAAAAAUUGAAGUCAGAGAAGUCGAAAUAAUCAAGGAAGAGGAGAAACACACAAGUGAAGAGAUCUCCGGUGAUAGAAGGACUCUCGUGGAAGAAAUAGACAAAGAAGAAAUUUGGCAGCACCAACAUGUCGAAAGUUCCACAGCAGAAGCUUAUGAAGAAAUGUCCCCAGUAACAGAGGAAGUCGUGACUGUUUCACAGAAGGAUGAGACUGAAGUUUCAUCUUUUGAACUUGGAGAACAGGUUGGUCAAACAGUAGAAACAACUCCGGACCACAAUGAAAGUGUAAAGAAAAUGGAGGUAAGCAAAGACGAGAGCACGGGAUUAGUAACUCUCACCAAUGGGCAAGACAAGGAAAAGACUUGUGAUUCUGAUAAUAUAACUAUCAAGCAGGAUGUUUUCAAUGACGAUGUAACACAAACCAAAGAACAAGAGGAGAAAAUAAUGUUCAGCGCUGAACCUGAAGAGAAAGAGAAGCUAGAAUGUGCCUCCAGUCAGGCAUUGAAAGACAUAAAGGAUGCAGAAAAGCCAUGCCAGGAAGAGGUAGCUAUAGGGCAAGAAACAGACGAUAUAAAUGAGUACACUGAUAAACAGAUCAUACGAGAAGAUGUAGCUACCAAAUAUCAAUCAUGUAUAGCAUCAUUCGGAGAAGACAUGGUUCAGAGCUCUCAGGCAGAUGAGGAAGUGGAAAUGAAGCAAGAUGCAGAGGUAUCCAUGGGGAUUGAAGUGGAUAAAUCAACCAAGAACCCUGCCGAGAAAGUCAUAGCGGAAAAAGAAGCUAUUGAGGACCAUUGUGAAGCAUCCACUGGUGCAGAAAUAGUUCAAAAGGAGAACCAAGAAGAAGAAAAGGAAGCAAACAAGCCUGAAGAAGAGGAUUCCGCUGGAACUCAGACGACCAUCACAGUUGAGGACAUUCAUGAAGUUACCUUUGAGAACAAUGAUGUUGUUAAUGAUUACUGUAUAGAAUCAGAUUCGGGAAAAUCAAGAACCAAGAGUUCUCAGGAAGAUUUAGAGGUGACGGAGGAGCUCGAAGUGGAUGAAGCAAAAAAGAACAUUGUCGAGCGAAUCAUACAAGAAAUUGAAGCUGUUGAAAACUACCGUGAACCAUCCAUUGGGGAAGAAACAAUAAAGAAGGCCAACCAGGAAGAUGAAAACAAAGCAAAGGAGUACAUAAAAGAGGAUUGUUCGGGAACUCAGACAAUCACCGCGUACGAGGACACUCAAGAACACGCCUUUGACAACAAUGCUGCUAAUGACAACUGCACAGACUCUCAAGGUGAACAAAUAGUAAACAUAGAAGAGAAUAGUGGGGAAGAUCUAGAGAGGAAAUUGCUUAAAGUAGAGGUCUUUGGGGGACUUGAGACAAAUGCCAGUACAACUGCAAGUGAGAACACUUCAAAGCAGAUCUUCAAAGAUGACGUGGUUAUGUCCCUCUUGCCAGUAUCCAUCGAUGAAGAAACAACUAAAGCUAUUCACACACAAGAUGAGGCCCAUGAGAAGAUUGAGGGAGCUGGAGAUGGAAUGACCACUGCAGAACAUAAUGUACAAGAGGAUGUCAUUGCUACAGAUCUUCCAGCAAUAUCUCUACUAGAGAAAAUAAUUAGAAACGGUUGUCAGGAGGAUGAGGCGUGUAACAAGGAACCUGAAAGACGAGGGGGUAAUGACGAUGCAGUAAAUGAAUAUGUAGAGGCGAAUGGAGUUACAAUUGCAAUUGGGGAAGGAACAACUGCCCAAGACUCUCACGAAGAGGAAAACAAUGCCAAAUCAAAAGGGAAGGGGAAGGAGUGUGACAUGAAGCCUAAGGGGCUUAACUUGGAUAAUGAGAAAGAACCAAACAGUAACCCCAUUGGUUGUGUGAAUACAAAAGUAUCAGGAGAGGAAAUUCAGAGGGAAUGGAACGAGAAGCCUGUCGACUACCCUUUGGUGUCGGAAGUCGAUGGCGAACAAAUUAAAAAAGAGAUUGCAGAGGAAAAUGAAAGCAUUGAUGACGAAUUAAAAACUAAUGUUUCUAAUGUAAAUCAAAACAUGAGCUUCAAUGCAGAUGAACCAGAAGGUGUGAAGCUAAUCAACACUUCUGAUGUUCCUUCGGUGACGAGUCACGUACCAAUUGAAGCUAAUGAGGAUAUCUUAGAGACUUUACAUGUUGAAGAUUUGAAUCUUGGUGAGAACUCCAGCUUAGACAAGAAAGCAGGCAACGAGAUUCUUGAGAAAGAAAAUGCAUAUGAAAAUCGAGCUAGAGAUGAAAUAAAGUACUACAUGACACAUGGAGCUAGCAAUGCCAUAGUACCUGAAUAUGUAGAAGAUGGAGUUGAACCAAUUUUAGGAACUGAGGCAGCUACUGUUAUGAUUCUUCCAGUCAUCGAAUCAGAGAUGCUACAGGAAACUUCUGUACUAUCAUCAGAAAAACUGAAUCCGGAGUCAACUGAGGCAGACAUGACAAGUAAAGAUGAUACACCAACAGAAGAUCGGAUCCAAGAAGGGGUGCAGAAUACGCCAAUUGAACGAACAAAAGAAGAGGAAAAAGAAGCUUCAAUUGAAGAGACAAUUAAUAUGCAAGAGAAAGAACUAGAAACUAUCCAACCUCGGCAAAUAAUUAACAAUGAGCAUACCGUGGAAGGUGAAAUAUUGAAACCUAGAGUUGAGGAAGUUUUAAAACAGAGCCUAAACGUAUCUGAAGUGGACAAACAAGAAAGAUGUGCAGACCUGAUGUCAAAGGGGAUUGACACAGUUGAUUCAAGUGCCAAUGGUGACAAAGAUACAAGUGACAAAGUAGAGGGAGGUGAAGAAAACCUGAAGGAAAGCAUCAAGGAAGAUAUACAAAAUGGGGAAUCAAGUGGAAUUGACCAUACCGGGAAUAUGACUGCACUUCAGGGAGAGCAGAAUCUACAAACAGCCGAUUCCUGUGAAAUGUUUCAGAAUAAAGAAACGGAUACUUUAUGGAAGGAUGAAGAUGAUGCAUCUGUUUUCAUUCUUAAACCAAAAGAAGAUGACCAUAAAGAGGCACAAAAUAUAGAGGCAACUGAAGAGAUCAAAAGCACAAAAAAUGGAGCUUUACACUAUAAUAAAGCUGAUGGGUUGGUCGAAUCAGUUGAAAGGGAGUGUGGGAAACUUGAACUAAUUGAUCUGGUAGAAAAGCUCAGAGUUGUCUCUGAAACAACGGCUGGGGAUCGGAACUCUACAAAUUCAACAGAAACUGAAAGAGAAGGACAAAUCGUUAUGGACCAGCAGAAUACUGGAUCUGGUGAAAAUCGUUUAGUUGUUCAAAACACUCGAGAGGAGAAUACGGAGGCUGAAAAAUUCGGAGAGACAAGGCCCAAUUUGAAGCCUGAAGAGACAGACCCACAAGUGCACUCUGAAGCUGUAACGGUAAUACAAGAAUUUCGGAGAGCUGAAAAAAGUGAGGAAAUUGAAAAACAGAUGACAGGGAAAGAUGUUGCAGCGAGAUUGUAUGUAGUAUCUACAAGUGACGAAGCUAUUAAAAAGGUGCAGGACACUGAUAUAACUGGCAAUGAACAGAAUAUUGAUGCGAAAGAAUCCAACGAGAAGAAAGAAAUAACAACUUUACAAGAUGAGGAAAAUCCUAAUAGUAAGCCUGAUGUUGCAAGCAUGACGGAAGAGCCGGAGGUAGAGAAACCAAACAAAGUAGUCGAUAACGAGCUCCCGAAAACUUUUACUUUGAUAUCCGAGGUGUUGGAAGAAAAUAACCAAGAAACAACUGAAGAUCUUCCUGACAUGACAAAUACCGAAUCUGCUUUAGUGGUAACAAAAGAAAGAAGCUCACAGCCAGUUGAACUAGAAUAUGAGAAGAUUAUGUUGCCCGCAGGUAUUUGUUCUGAAGAGAAGACUCUAGAACCUGUUGAAACCAUUGAACCUAUUAACAGCACCGGAGAUGGAAACGUGACCCAGGAUAAAUCAAUUGAGGAUAAGCUUGGUGGAAAUAAAUUUGAAAAAGAAAUCAAGGAAGUAGUCCCUGCAGCUGAUGCUUUAUCUGGAUCUGAAGAUGAAAGAGAAGAAGCAACUAGUCGAGUUGACAAUGUUGCUGAGAAAACAGAAGAAAAUCUUCAGGAAUACUAUGCAUUGAUGUCUGAAACACAAGAUGUUGGAACCUUAAAAGAUAAUCCGACCAUAAUGGAUGCAUCAAAAGUUGAGCACAAUCCAGAAGUUGAAGUUGAGAGUAUAGUCUGUCAGAAUGUUGAAGCUGAUAAAAAGAAUGCACAUGACACUCAGGUUACUGCAGUAGAUGAGGUUAUAAAAGAUGAGGCCCAAAUGGAAGAUGAAACCCAAGAUAAGAAUGUGGAUACUCAUAUUGCCCCAGAGAUAACAGUAGGGAUACAUCCACCCAAAGAAGAAGAAUGCAAAGAGCUUAAAACAUCUCCCGUGGAGUUUGAAGAUGUAAAUGAGACUCUAAACGUAGAUCCCAUGAAAGAAGCUGGGAAACUAGACCUUUCACCUGCUUGUGAUCUAGAGGAGAAUGUCUCAGAGCGGACAACUGGUUCUGUGUUGGAAUGGAAGGAACUUACAGAACUAACAGAGCCAGUGGAAAACUGUGAAGAUAAUCUGAAAGAAGGAACUUCGGAAUCAGGAGCAUGGAAAAAGAAAUCAGAAAAUAAUGAGUUAGAAGAGUGUUUCUUGAAGGUCGAGGAAGAAACUGAAACACUUGGUGCAAGUGAAGACCCACAUAAAGAUGUCAUAGAUAAUAAUGUGCAAGUUAAGAACCAUGAAGAACAAUCCACUGAAUACUGCAAGGAUGAUGCUUCCAUGCGUGCUAAACCAAAUGAAGAGAAUUCAGAAAUACUAGUUAAUCUUGGUGAGAAAAUUGGAAGUCUCGAGGUAAAAAGCACAAUUCACAAUGACGACAAUUCAUCCAAAAUGAACUCAUCAGUUGAAGAAAAGUUAGUUGGAGAAGUAGGCGGAGAGUGUAUUGAAGCCUCCAAUCCUGAGAAAUCCCGGGAAUAUGUGUCUGAAGCUCAGACUCGUGAUAUGCUCCUUAAAACAAAGAUGACUGAAAAUGAUGAAGAUGGCAAGGACAUUGUACCUGUUGGAGAUGGAAACAUUGGGGAAAUCUCUCUAGUAGAGACUACGAGAAAGGAACAGUUAAUGGAAGAAACCCAUAUUAGAGAAAAUGAAGAAAAUGAGUACCUAAAAACAGAAAGUGCACAAGAGGUGUGUGAGAGACUUGAGAACUCUGAUACCAGCGAAAGCAGUGAAAAGCAGAUACAAAGUGAAGAAGGAUUUGUCGAGAAACCAUGCCCGAUAUCAGUUGGAAAGGAUACUGUUACAGAAAGCCAUCAAGAAGCCCAUGCAAGAGAUCCAUUCAAGCUUGAACCCGUAGAAUUAGGUAAUGAUCCGAUAGCUGACCAGAUUACAAAGACUAAUGAGGCAACAGAGAUCAUAAAGAAUGGAACUCUGAUAGAAGAAAUCCAAGGACUUGAGAACGACAAUGCGGACAAGAAAACUGAGAUGUUGAUCACAAGAGAAGAGGAAGCGUCCAAGAUAAUAUUGGAGGAGAUGAACAAAGAAACGACAGUAUCCACUGAAACAAGAGAAAUAGUUUCAGAAAAGAAUGAGGAAGGCCCAUACAUGAACAUUCAUGAAAAUCCUACCAAAAGUACACCAUGUGAAGCAGAACCAACUGAAAAUAUGUAUGGAAUGGUAGUUAAACCCUCUUCUCUGGAGGUUGAAGAAGCUACCUCAACAAAUUCAGAGACCACGAUAAGUGCAGCGGAAGAUGCAAUAUCCCUUGACAAUUUAUCUGAAGGCAGCAACCUUUUGAGCACCCCUUUUGAGUCAGUAUCAAAGUGUAUUGAAACUACUGAAGCCUUUUCCCAAAAUGAUCAAAAUGUAGCCACCAUGAUUGAUACUUCAAUUGUUGUCGAGGGUUCAGCAAGUGACAUCCCAGAUAAAGAAGAAAAGGCUAGAGAACAUGAAGAGGAACAUAUUGAGACACAAGCCAUAACUGCAGUAGAAGAAGUUGAGCACGUAAACAAUGACGUGCCAGAAGCGAAAAUCUUAAAGGAAGGCGUGAAGAAGCUUGACGAGUUCAAUAUUCAAGAAAGAUCAUGUGAAAGCAAACAUACACAAGUUAAAAUUCCACAACAUGAAGAAACCCAGGUUGUCUUGGCUGCUGAGCAGGAAACAACAGAGGAAAGUGUCAUGGCUAGAACUGGCAACAACAAUACUUCGGAGUCUUUUGCUGAAGAUCAAAGUCAAAUGAAUACCGAUCUCAAACAAGAAGCAAAGGUCUGUGAAAAUGAGACAACAGAAAGCUCAAAUCUGGAGGAGUUUGCAAAACCAGGACCAGAAGGUUUAUCUUCUGACCAACCUUCAGCCACGGAAACAAUAGUGAAAGAAACUACUGUGAACCUGGAAGAACGCAAAAGAAUUCCUCAAAACUUUGAAAGGAUUCCUGAAGCCAGUGAUACAAAAAAUGAAGAGGAGGGGUCAAGAGAAGUGGACCUCCGUAAGGCCGUAGAGGCAAACACUGCAAUAUUUCUAGAGGAUCAGAGUGGAAGCACCGAAGAUAAAAACAGCACAGAGGAGCAGAAACCAAGAGAAUUUUCAGAGAUUAAUGGGAAGCCAAAAGAAGUAGAAUAUGGACAGUACAAAGAAUCAAUCAGCAAAACAGAACCAUCAAUGUCCGAUCUCAUACUAGACUUCGAAAGAGAAUCUUUUGUUGAGAAGAAAGAACCAUUGGAAAGUAAAGUUCCUCUAACUGUUCAAGUUGAAAAAGAUGCAAAAGAAGAAGAAAAAUAUUCCGCGGAUGCAGAAGAUGAACAGGUAAAAGAAGGCUCAGGGUCUGAUGCUCCAGUAAUGGUAAAAGCCUCGGAUGAUGUUGAUGUAAAACCAUCUCACAAGAAAUCACACAACAUACUAUCAGGGGUAGGAUCAAAAGUCAAGCAUUCAAUCGCCAAGGUGAAGAAGGUCAUCACGGGUAAGUCAUCUUCGCACAAGUCAUCAUCACCAAAACAAGAAAAUGGAUCGGCAACGACAGCUUAAGCAUAUCGAUUUGUUGGACCACUGUGAAUACUAUAUUUCUAUUGGUUGCAUACUGAAUUCAUAUUGUGGUGUGUAUUUGUGAAGUGUGAAUUUUGUAAAAUGUGAUACUGUGAUAGUUUUCUUAUUUACCAGUGAACAAUAUUACAGUCAAAUAUAAUCUUAUUAAAGCUAUCCCAUUAUUCAACAA